ACAGCGAUGGAGCAAUCCAUGUCGCGGAAGAAAUGCAAUCGCCGGGUCGUCGACUCCCACAGAUAAUGAACAUGACUUUAGCUAUUGGCCUCUGUACAGCAGUACCGCUAUUAGCAGUCCUGAUAGUUGCCAUGAAAGACAUGGACCGAGUAAUAAACGCUGGAAUGUCAGCCGUGCAACUAUUAUACCAAGCAACAGGGCCAAGAAGGGUGACAGUGGCACUUAGGUGGGUCAACUGUGGGCGUCUUUCAUGGGCUUUCGCCAGAGACAGAGGUACUCCAUUUCCCGAUUUCUUCGACAACAUAGACAAGCGGCUCGAAUUCCCGCUUCGCACAACUAUAGCCUCUACUAUUUUUGCUGCUAUUUAUGGCACCACCGCCUUCAACUCCAUCAUUACCUCUGCUAUUACGUUAUUGAACUUGAGUUACGCUAUUCCCCAGGUUAUCCUCGUCACGCGAGGUCAGUGUCUGCCAAAGCGGCCGCUUGGUCUUGGUCGAUGGGGAUAUGUCUGGAAUGUUUUCGUGCCGCUGUUACUUACAGUCCUAGGUGUUAUGAUCUGUUUCCUGCCUGAUCUUCCAGUUACCUUGGGCUCGAUGAAGUGUAGUGACGAGUUCAUGGGACCCAAUAUUGACUGGGAGAUGUUGGACCUGAAAAAUGACACGCCGAGCGACUCGUCGACAGAUGUAGUUGAGCCGAACAUAAAUCUGUGA